AUGGCUGCUGCUCAACCAGCCUACGAAUAUUCAGCUUAUGAUUAUCAAUAUGAUGCAAAUUCAUCUUCUGGAUAUCCAUCUUAUGCAAGCUAUGAAGCAGGUGCAUCUUAUGCACCACCUGGAUCAUAUGAAAGUUAUGCAGCAUCAGCAGGUUAUCCUCCAGGUACUACAGCAGGUCAACCAUAUACAAGUGUAGAUCCAUAUUCUGGUUAUCCAACUACAGCUUAUGCUUAUCCAACAUCAGCUGCUACUGCUGGUGCACCACCAGCAACUGCAAGUCAAGCAUCUUAUUCAUCAACAUAUGGUUCAUCACCAACGACAACUGGAUAUGCCUAUGAUUCGAGACGUAGUACACCACCACCAACAUCUGCAGCUGCACAUUAUGCACAAUAUGAUUAUACAUCAGGUGCUGCUGGUGCAUAUGCUGGUGCACCACCGCCAGGCGUACCUUAUUCUCCUUAUAAAACAGCACCAGCAUCAAAUGGUUCAUCAUCAGCAAGUGCCUAUGCAGCUUAUUCUGCUUCUGCUCCACCGUCACAUGGUGCAUAUGGUGUUCCACCAGGUAGUCAUCUUUCAGGAGCAAUGGGUACACAUCCACCACCAACUCAUGUUUAUGGUCCACCUCCACCAACAGCUGGUAUGAUACCUCGACGACCUGAAUAUUAUCCUCCAGCUCCAAUGCAUCAUUCAAUGCAUUAUAUUCCACAACAAGCUCAUUCAAUGCAUUAUCGUUUGCCACCUCGAGGGGGCUAUCAACGUGAACUUGAUGAACCUGGUGAUGAAAAUGCUCUUCUACGACACGUCGUUUAUAUAACUGGUUUACCGAAAGAAAUUCAAAAUGAAACAUUAGCUGAAGUAUUUGCUGCUGUUUGUGGACCAAUUGCACCGGUUGAUGUACGCUCACCAAAACCAAAAAUUUGGGUUUAUAAAGAUCGUCAAACACGGGAAGGUAAAGGUGAAGCAACAAUUACAUUUAUCAAUCCUGAUUCAUGUCAAACAGCAAUUAGUUAUUUCGAUGGAAAAGAAUUGUUUGGUCGUGAAAUUCGUGUUACAUUAUGUCCAAGACGUAUGUAUAAUAUGCAAAAACAAAAUACACCAUUCAAUCCUGCUGCUCCAUCAAUGAAUACAAAUACAGUAGCUAAGCAAAUCAAUACAAAUAAUAUUAUUAAUACAACAACAGCAGAUAGUUCAACAACCCCACCAAUAACAACAACGACUGCUGCAAAUACGUCAUCAUCAUCGUCAACAACACCAGCAACAACAUCAACAACAACAACGUCUGUUACAACUGCUAACCCAAUAGCAACAAUAUCUUCAUCAACACUUGGAUUACCACGUCAAUUGAAUCAUUCAUUGUUUAAAUUACGACAAACACCUGAACAACAACGUGGUCUUUUACCUACUCCACCUCUUACUUUUGGAGGACCUAUGAUAAAUACUGCAGGUCAACGGGAUGGUGUUCGAAAAGAAUUACCUCGUAUUGCACUAAAUAGGCAAAGGUAA